CGACAUUGACGUUUACGAUACUUCGCAAAUCGCUGAUUGUUUUUUGUGACUAGCAGUUGCAUUGUUUUCAAACUAAAAUAUUAUACAUAUUUUCGCGAAACUGAUGUAGGAUAAAUCUAAAAAAAAUGUCGUUCGGCAGUUUUGAGAACGUCGGCUCUUUUAUAAGGGACUGCAAUGGUUCUAAAUUGAGAUACGAUCAAGCUUGUUUACAAAUUAUAACAAACACUGAUGUGAGUUUUUGGAGUCAAUAUGAAGAAUGCGAGGGAUGUAUUCUUCUGGGAACUGCGAAUAUAUCGGAUACCCGUAGCUUGGUGCUGGGUACAGGAAGCCCACUGAACUAUAAAGUGACAAAUGGCAAUGGGGUAAUUUGUAAUGGCACCUAUCAGUUCGCUGAGUAUGGCCAGUAUAUCCUGAACGUCACCGACGUCAAAACUGACACAUGCCUCCCGCGGAUGACAGCGGAACCGGAUGCGGCGUACCUGCCAAUUCUGACAGCCGUUGUCAUCCUGUUGUCUAUGGCCACUCUAUGGUAUGUCGUGAAGGGAGUUGGAAAGAGAAUCGUCGCCGGUCGGCUGUAUGCUAGAUAUUUUGCAAGAGAGGACAAUGAGUUAGGUUCGGAGACUCGAGUGCUAACUACCGAAGCAAGUGUUCCGAGGUCACCGACUCGUUCCCGACUGCGCUCGCUUGAUAUCUUCCGAGGAUUCGCCAUCGCUCUCAUGAUCUUCGUGAACGCCGGCGGCGGUGGUUACGGCGUGUUCUCGCACAGCGUGUGGAACGGCCUCACUGUAGCCGACGUCGUGUUCCCAUGGUUCGCCUUCGCCAUGGGAGAGGCGCUGGUACUCUCACUCAACGCUAGGCUCAGGACUUCCCUGCCCAGGAUCAAUGCUUUGCAACAGGUCGCGACUCGCUCCCUACUGCUCUGCCUUAUCGGCAUAGUGCUGGGUUCGUCGAACUCGUCCUGGGUAGACGUGCGCCUCCCCGGCGUGUUGCAGCGCCUCGCCGCUAUGUACCUCGUUGUGGGGGCUCUGGAGUGCGCCUUCAUGAGGACCAGCCAGGAUAUUACACCAGGUCGUUCCCUAUUCCGCGACAUCAGUGCUGGUUGGCAGCAGUGGUUGGCUACAUUAGUGCUCGUCGCUAUACAGGUGUGUAUAACCCUGCUGGUACCUGCGCCGGGAUGUCCUAGAGGGUACAUGGGACCCGGAGGCCUGCAUCUGUCUGCCGUCUCCAAUGUGUCUCUACAGAACUGUACUGGAGGCAUCGCUGGGUAUAUUGACAGACUAAUCCUAGGCCCCGCUCACUUGUACCAGCGUGGCUCUUUCCGCAAGAUAUACCACACCACGGUGCCUCACGACCCUGAGGGCUUGCUGGGCAUCCUUUCCGGAGUCUUCGUGGUCCAAGCCGGGGCACACGCCACCAGAAUCAUGCUGGCUUAUAACCAUGCUAGGGCACGAAUAAUGCGUUGGGUGUUCUGGUCGAUAAUCUUCGGCGUGUCGGGCGGAGCCCUGUGCAUGUUCUCUAAGAACGGCGGCGUGAUACCGGUGAACAAGAACCUGUGGUCGGUCUCCUACUGCCUGGUGACGUCAUCGAUGGCCAUGUUCAUACAGGCUGCUCUGUACUUCAUCGUGGAUUUGAAGACUAAGUGGGGAGGCAGGCCCUUGUAUUACGCUGGUCAAAACGCCCUAUUCCUGUACAUAGGCAGUGAGCUCCUGAAACGUCACUUCCCCCUCCACUGGGCACUUAUAGCCCCCACGCAUGCGCAACUACUGGCUACCCAUGCGGCCGCCAUGUUGAUUUGGCUGGCCGUCGGCGUAGCAUUGCACAGGAAACGCAUCUUUAUCACCUUGUAAUAACGUCUGUUUUACUUUGAUUUGAUUCGGUUGGCCGUCGACGAAGCAUUGCAUAGGAAACGCAUCUUUAUCACCUUGUAAUAACGUCUGUUUUACUUUGAUCUGAGUUGGUUGGUCGUCGACAAAGUAUUGUAUAGGAAAUACAUCUUUAUCACCUUGUAAUAACGCCUGUUUUACUUUGAUCUGAGUUGGUUGAUCGUCGACGUAGUAUUGUAUAGGAAAUACAUCUUUAUCACCUUGUUAAUAACCGUUGUUUUGGCUUGAAACGGUAAUGAAUUGUUUGUAUGUUUUGAGUUCGUGGUUAUAUUUUUAUUUAACUUCUAUUUUGGUGUGGUUCGCUAUCUUCUUAUCUCGAGGUGUCUCUCAAAAUUCUACAAUGGAUUUCCGACUUUAAUGCAAAACUUUAAGGUUGAAAAUCGACUUCAACAAAGUCUCAUUUACAAACAUAUCGACUAUAAGAGUAAAUCUCAAAAGAUAAUUCAAAUAUAACCACGAAUCUCAAAAAACAUUAGAAUAAUAAGAUUUUCGCGCUCGACAGGUGGCGUUGGCGUAGCUUAAAGUCAUCUUGGUCAUAUCACUAACAAAAGUUGACUGUAUAAACUUGACAUUGGCUGAUGGUCCAAGAGACAUUAAGCUACCCUAGCGCCCUUGAGCAAGACUUAUAAAAAUGUAACUAAAUUUUGUAAAGAAAAGUGUUGAACGCCAAAAUUUGAUUUCUAAAGAGAUAUAAAGGUCUUUAGAAUAUUCUUACUUUAGUCAAAAAUGUUUAUUUUCAUAUAAAGAAAAGUGUAUGACGCUGGAUUUUAAUCCUUAUUGCGAUCGGUAUAGAGUGUAUUGUAUAUUCAAGCAAUAAACGCUUGCCUUAGUUGGAGAAAGACAAAUAAUAAAGGUUAUAAUUAGAUAAAGGAAAUAAUUUUGCUCAAAAAUUGCGAAGAAAUUGGGAUUGAAAAAGAAAUUGUUUGUUGACACGAUUCAUAUCAACAUUGACAGGCCUUGACGAUCCACUGGACUAUGCCUCCUCUACUUAAACCAAUCAUGUAACAGUUAACAUCACUACAUAGUAUAAAACAAAGUCGCUUUCUCUGUCCCCCUUUUUUUAAGGGGGGGGGGAAGUCAUCCAAUGACUUCUCUCACCAGGGCGAGGCGAGAGGGAGUGUCAGACUCUUACUGACUAAAAACCACCCCGUUCCUAUUCCUGCUUUUCGAGCCGGGGCCCCGGUAACCCGCUAGGUAGUCCGCAGCUCUGGAUUUCUCUGUCCCUAUGUCCCUUUGUAUGCUUAAAUAUUUAAAACUACGCAACGGAUUUUGAUGCGGUUUUUUUUAAUAGAUAGAGUGAUUCAAGAGAAAGUUUUAUAUGUAUAAUACAUGCAUAAUAUAUUACCAUUGCACCCAUGCGAAGCUGGGGCGGGUCGCUAGUUUUACAAAAAAUCUAGAAAUUUAUAUUUUUCUAAUCUAUAAAAAAGUUUGGGCGCGAAUCGUGUCAACAGAACAGUAAUUCAUUUCAUUCAUUCGUUCGUUCAUUCUUUUAACAUUUCAUUCAAUUGAGAGAGAAAUUAAGAGCAAUAAAUUACGUUAUUCUUA